AUGACGGUGCAGCCUCAGCCUGCAGCUGGCCAUGGGCUGCCUGCACUGCCAGACCUUGGGCAGAGGGUCAGCAGGGCGGGGCCUGCCGUGGGCGGGGCACGCAGGUGGGCGCAGGUGGGCGUGGCUGACGGCGUCCGUUCCCUCCGCAGCGGGCUGACGCACGAGGCCCACCGGAAGGAGGUGGAGCAGGUGUACCUGCGCUGCUCCGCGGGCACCGUGGAGUGGAUGUACCCGACCGGCGCUCUCAUCGUCAACCUGCGGCCCAACACCUUUGCGCCCUCCCGGCACCUGACGCUGUGCAUCAAGCCCCUCCCGGACUCCUCUGGGGCCAAUAUUUAUUUGGAGAAAACUGGAGAGCUGCAGCUGCUGGUGCGCGACGGGGACCCCGGGCCCGGCCGCGCGCGGUGCUUCGGCCUGGAGCACUGGCUGCGUCCAGCCUUGCUGCCCCCUUCCCUCUGCUCCCUGUUAAAACUCUGCAUCUCCCUCCUGUCACCAGCCACCCCCGGCCAGUGUCCUCACACACAGCGUUCCCUCCGGACCGUGUGCACGCCCAGCGAGCUGUCCUCGGACAGCAGCGUCCAGCCACCUGUGAAGCCCUCCUGUGCCGAGGGCCGUCAGGCUGGCUUCCCCUGCCCCCUGCCUGCACCUGUGCCCUCACCUGCAUCCCUGUGGUGGCCCCUGGCCCGGCUCCCUGACCUGUCAUUUUCUCCUUCCUUUGGUUCCUUUUAUGCACGUUCCAGAGUCAUCUUCCUGGGACGUCCACACCCUGGCCCUCCCCUCCCCCAGAAACUCAGGCCAGAAUUCCAACCAGCUCACUGGCCGCCCCCUCCCCGCCUUCCCCGUGAGGAAGGGAGGCUCGUGUGUCCGCAGCCAGCGCAUUCCACAGCCGUUACGGGUCCGAUUCCGAUGAAUAAUUGCUUCCAGACUGCUUCUCCGGGCACCACAAGCUGGAUUUUCCAUGCGGCACCCUCGGACUCCCCCUGCCGCCCUUGCAGUGACACCGAGGUGCUCCUGGCCGUCUGCACCAGCGACUUCGUUGUCCGAGGCACCAUCCAGAACGUCACCCACGAACCCGAGCGGCAGGAGUCAGCCAUCCACCUGCGCGUGAGCCGGCUGUACCGGCAGAAGAACAGGGUCUUCCGGCCGGCCCCCGCGGGCGAGGGCGGCGGCUGGCGCGGCCGCGUCACCACACUGCUGGAGUGCGGCGCGAGGCCGGGGCCUGGCGAGUUCCUCUUCGCCGGCCACAUGCACUUCGGGGAGGCCCGGCUUGGCUGCGCCCCACGCUUCGAGGACUUCAGAAGGGUGUACAGGGACGCCGAGGGGCGGGGCCUGAACCCCUGCGAGAUGGGCGUGGAGUGACCGCGGGGCCCACACGGCGGACUCCGGCACUCAGGCCUCGUCGCUCGCACGAGGUCCCUGACCGACUGGUCGGAAAUGCUGUAAAAUGCAAACUAAGUUAUUAUAUAUUUUUUAAAAAGAAAUGCCCACAGGAAACAAA